UCGAGUCUCGGGCGCGUUCUCCUUUCCUUAGACCAUGUCGUCAUUGAGUGUCUCGCGUCCCACGUUUGGGUUGGCUCUCCGGCCUGCCUGUUCUGGAAUCCGGAGUUACGGGCUUCGAAUUAUGGAGAUUACACCAGUAUUGGUUAUCCCGUUUAACGGCCAUCGAUGGAGGUUGAUGACUGGCCAUAAUCUCGCCCGGGGUCAAUAAUCCCGAUAUAACUAUGGAGCCGCUCCCUUUUCACCUCCACCUCCACCUC